UAACAUUAAAGCGAACAACGUCGCCAACCAAAUCGACAUAUCGUUGACGCCGUCCCUGUCUUUCGAUUUCAUUGACAUUUCAUCAAAGACCAUGUGCACAGUUUGUUUUCUUUACGCAAAUCAUCAACAAUGUCUAACGAAGAUUUACCGAGGCUUUGUGGUGAAGACGACGUACUGAACAGUUCGUCGGAUGAGGACGGAUGGAUGGAACUUGAUGACGAAGAGGCCGAAGACGACGAAAAUACGUUGUGCCUGUUUUGCCAGCAUGAAACGAAAAAUGUUACUCUAGCUAUGGCACACGUUAAAAAAGAUCAUCAAGUUGACUUUCACGUGCUGAAGAGGAAAUUCAACAUGGACCAGUACUCGUUUAUCAAGAUGAUCAACUACAUUCGAAUUAACAAAGUUGGGCCCGAUGUGAUCGCUUCAGCCGAAGAGUGUAAAUGGAACGACGAGAAAUACUUGAAACCGUUAGCAUUUGAGCCGUGGUUAAUGUUCGAUUUCGAUGUCCUGGAACCAGCAGAUGAUGCUGCAGUAAAACAACCAGUCGAUGGUAAAAGGGAUCAGGAUCGAAUUCGAGAACUUGUUGAAAUGGUUCAACACAAGGAUAGUCUGUUACAACAAGCUGCGAUCGACAUAGACAAUUUGCGGAAAAGUAUCCAUGAAAUGAUUCAGCGACAGAGCACUGACGGUGAAAAGAAAACGGAUCAGACGAAGGUUUCCGAUAUCGUAGACAACGGAUACUUUGAAACGUACGCACAUUACGGCAUUCAUCAUGAUAUGUUGUCGGAUGAGGUACGAACAUGUAGCUACCGGGAUGCAAUUAUCAAAAACGGAGACACAUUCAGAGAUAAGCUGGUUUUGGAUUUGGGCUGUGGGACAUCAAUUCUGUCCAUGUUCUCAUCGACAGCUGGUGCUAAGAAGGUUAUUUCGGUCGAUCAAUCGGAUAUCAUUUACCAUGCUAUGGACAUUGUCAGGAAGAAUAAUUUCUCCAACAUUGAGUUUGUGAAGGGUCGGCUGGAAGACAUUGAUUUGCCGGUUGACAAAGUCGACAUUAUCGUAUCGGAAUGGAUGGGCUACUUUCUUCUAUUCGAAGGUAUGCUGGACAGUGUAAUCUACGCACGUGAUCAUCAUCUUGCAUCGAACGGCAUACUGAUGCCGAACCGUUGUAAAAUCUUUCUCCUGGGCCACGGCGAUGAGAGCCGUCACCAACACUUGAUAUCCUAUUGGAAUAACGUGUACGGCUUCGACAUGUCGUGCCUGCAAAAGGAGGUGCUUCGUGAAACGAGCAUCGAAGUGUGCGACCCUAAGUACGUGCUCACCGAACCGUGUGUCAUUGCCGAUCUGGAUUUGAUGGUCGUCGAUUUGAAUUACUCGAAUUUCACCAGCGAAUUCAAACUGAAUGUGAAUGCAACGGGGAAAUUGACAUCGUUGGUCGGCUAUUUCGAUACGUUCUUCGAGCUGCCGCAUCAUGUGGAAUUUUCAACGUCACCGCAUGCCACUGCAACGCAUUGGAAACAGGCCGUUUUUUAUUUGAAAGAUCCGGUCAGUGUUAAUGCUGGUGAUUCAAUAACGGGUACGUUUCGGUGCCGACGCGAUCCGAAAGAUGUUCGAUCGUUGGUUAUUGUCAUUGAUAUGCUGGGCAAAACGAUGAAAUAUAAUUUGAAUUGAAAAGUU